AUGGUGCGCGCUGAGGACAUCUACAUCGAGGAGGGCGGGCCCGACACCUCGAUGCUGCCGACAUCGACGUGGAGAAAUGCUGAAUUAGAAUUGUUCUCUAAGAAAGGCGGCAGGGCCGAUCGACUGGAAGUAUGGGAGAUCAGCGAUCGAGAGACAGGCAGCAAGGAUCUGUGGAUCAGAGGGAGUUCUUCGGGAGAUCUCAAGUGGCCCGAUGACGCCGGCGCCACCGAUCGACGACAGAUCUCGCAGAUCUAG